AUGUCCAUCGCCUCACCCCGACCAAGUCUCAAUCUCCCCUCCAGCCGCCGCGGCUCCACCAGCACAAUAAAUUCCGCCCGCUCACCCUCGACCUCACGACCAUCCUCGAUCCGCAACAACAGCACAACCAGCACACCCACCCCGGCCUCCUCACGCCGCCGCGACCGCGCCGCCCUCCGCGAAUUCUACAAUCUCCAAGCCUCUGCGACUNNCCAGACGCCAAACCGCCGCCCGCAGCAGCUGCCACCACCCUCGCAACCNGAAGACCCUGGGCCUCAAGACGCAUUGGCAACUCUCGAUACCGACACCUUCUCAGCAAAACAAUACGUGGAUGGCUUGCUUGGAUCUUCGGAUGCGGAAACGCUGUUGCGCACGUUGAACGCCAUUACGAUUUCUGCGUUGGGGCUGGAAGGCGACAAGAAAGCUUUGGUGUAUGAUAAUUAUACUACUUUGUUGAGUGCGACGAGUACGAUCAGUGGGUUGAGGGAGAAUGAUGCGCCGAUGGCGACGUUGGAGCCGGCGGUCAAGCAUAUUGCUGAUGUUGCCGUGAGUAUUGCGGGGAGUAGGGAUGUGGGGGACGGGGUUAAGGAGAGGCAGAAAGAGACUGUGAGGUGGGUGUUGGGUGCGCCAGAAAGAUUAAGAGCGCUAAAAGAGCAAGAGAAAGAGGAGGAGAUGCAGAGGGAGUGGGAUCAAGUACGAGGGUUACUUGGAAAGUGGGAGGGUGUCAAGGGUGUGGACGAGGUGAAAAGCAAAUGUGAAGAUGUUGUUGGCAAGGACUGA